CACUGCCAUUCCGCGUUAGAUUUUACUGCAAGUGUUCUGAAAAUAGUUGUUUUUACUUUAAUAUAACUGUACAUUGUAGAAUAAGUAAAAUGGUUGCGCGAGUGGCGGGCGUUUUCGACGAGAACCUGACGGGUGAAAUCGCAAAUUCAAAGAUCUUAGUUGUGGGCGCCGGUGGUAUAGGAUGUGAGAUUUUGAAAAAUCUCGUGCUGACCGGCUUUCCUUACAUUGAAAUUAUCGAUCUUGACACCAUCGACGUAAGCAAUUUGAAUAGGCAGUUUCUGUUUCACAAAGAACAUGUUGGCAAAUCAAAGGCGCAGGUUGCGAAGGACAGCGCUCUGAGCUUCAACCCUAAUGUGAAUAUCAUUGCGCACCACGAUAGCGUCAUCAGCAAUGACUACGGUGUCAGUUAUUUCAAGCAGUUCAACAUUGUGAUGAAUGCGCUGGACAACCGCGUGGCUCGCAACCAUGUCAACCGCAUGUGUCUCGCUGCUAACGUGCCGCUGGUGGAGACGGGGACAGCUGGAUAUGCUGGACAGGUAGAGCUUAUCAAAAAAGGCCUAACCCAGUGCUACGAGUGCCAGCCCAAGGCUCCGCAGAAGACCUUCCCAGGGUGCACCAUCCGCAAUACUCCCUCGGAGCCCAUCCACUGCAUCGUGUGGGCCAAGCAUCUGUUCAACCAGCUGUUCGGAGAGGAGGACCCCGAUCAGGAUGUCAGUCCUGAUACAGCAGAUCCUGAAGCUGCAGGUGAUGCAGGCACCUCAGCCCUCUCAUCAGAAGGCACGGCGACCGGUAACGUGGAACGAAAGAGCACACGAGCCUGGGCCGCGGAGACCAACUACGACCCCGAGAAACUCUUCUCCAAGCUGUUCGGGGACGAUAUUAGAUAUCUACUGUCUAUGGAGAACCUUUGGAAGAAACGCAGGCCGCCAGUGCCGCUAUCCUGGGACAACUUGCCCGGCAAGGAUGCGCCUCCCAGCCAACACUCCGGCCUUCCUGAUCAGCGUGUUUGGUCGGUGCAUGAGUGUGCACAGGUGUUCGCAUCGAGCUGCAAAGCCUUACAAGCGGACUUGGCGUCCCGCGCCGCCGGCGACCACCUCGUGUGGGACAAGGACGAGAAGGCCGCCAUGGACUUCGUCACGGCCUGCGCCAACGUCCGCGCGCACAUCUUCAACAUACCCACCAAGAGCCGGUUCGAGAUCAAAUCGAUGGCCGGCAACAUAAUCCCAGCCAUAGCCACGGCCAACGCCAUCGUGGCCGGGCUGGCCGUGCUGCGCGCGCAGGCUAUACUCGCCGGCGACGUCAGCACCUGCUCCAGCGUGUACCUGCGGCCCAAGGUCAACCAUCGCGGACAACUCUUCGUGCCUGAGAAGACCCUCACCCCUCCCAACCCAAAAUGCUACGUGUGCGCGCCCAAACCCGAGGUAGCCCUCGCCUGCAACCUGAAGCAGCUCACUCUCAAGGAACUCAACACCGCCUUCAAGGAGGGACUCAACAUGCAAGCACCUGACGCCACCGUCGAGGGCAAAGGCUUAGUCGUCCUCUCCUCAGAACCCGGAGAAACUGAUCAUAACAACGACAAAACUCUCGAAGAAAUCGGCCUGACCAACGGCUGCGCUCUACUAGUAGACGAUUUCCUUCAAAAUUACGAAGUGAGAGUCAGAUUACAGCAGGAAGACGAAGAAAAAGCUUGGCGCGUUGUCACUGAAGCUGACGAACCUAUGCCCGCCCCUAAAGAAGAAGUCAAAGAGAAAGCUAACGGUUCAAACGGGUCUGAACCUAAACCUGGCCCGUCUACUUCUAGAAAAGACGACAGUGAUAGCGAUAUGGAGAUUAUAGAGGAGGAUGAUGAUGGGGAACCGACGGUUAAGCCACCUAAACGCAGGCGCGUUGAGACCAGCGAUGAAGUAGUGGAGUUGUGCUAGCUGCUAGAAUAACUACUUAAGACGAUGUAUUCAAACGUUUAGAUUGCUUGGUUGUCGAAUGUACAAGCGGCGGAGCCGCUAGUAAAGUAUUUGGAAUUUCAAGACAUUAAAAUGAAGGCUCAUCUUGCGAAAUCAAUUAUAGUUUCGAUAAUUCCUACAUUAGGGACCGUCCA